AUGAGUUCACUUCUGGACCUCCGCUCUCGUAGGAGCCUUAUGUUGCUUUUGCAUUCCUUGUGUCGUAUCUUCACAACCCUAGCACAAAUUCCUGAUGAAUUCCUCGAUUUGUCUCUGCGGCCACACAAUGAGCCCGAAUGGGUGAACUUCACGGCAAGCAAAGCUCUCGAGUGGCAUCCAUGCUAUGAUGAGCCUAUGGAAUGCGCACGACUACUUGUUCCGAUGGACUAUGGUGUAUGCAACGGCUCAUACGUCACCUUAGCUGUCAUUCGUCUCCCAGCUCAAGACAAAGAGAACUACAAGGGGCCCCUCUUUGUGAACCCUGGUGGACCUGGAGGUUCAGGUGUUGACCUUGUCCGACAGGGCGGAAGUUUCAUUGCCGAGAUGCUGGGGGCCAACCAUGAUCUGGUUAGUUGGGAUAUUCGAGCCACAUGGAGAUCAACCCCAAGGACGCAAUGCUGGGCAACACGUCAGCGUCGAGCGGUCUGGGAGACCAGAUGGCCAGGUAUGCCUGACCAGUACAACGAUGAUAGCUUCAUCGCCACGCUACUGCAUCGAGCCAAGAUCCAAAACAGUGUCUGUGCCGAUCGCCUCGGUGACAGUGGUAUUCUCGCGCACAUCUCGACAGCUAAUCAUGCCCGUGAUAUGAACAGCAUUCUGACGGCCCUUGGUGAGGACACUAUACGCUUUUACGGUGCCAGCUGGGGUAGCGCCCUGGGAGCCACCUUUGCAACGAUGUACCCCGACAAGAUUGAACGCAUGAUUCUGGAGGCGAAUGUAGACAUUGUUGAGCACUCUGCAGGCAACUGGGGUCGGGGCUUUGCUGACUCGGAUGCCCUGAUUGACUGGUUUUUCGAAGAAUGCGCAAAUACCGAAGAGUGCGCCAUCCAUGAACCCACCGCAGAUGCCGUCAGGAAGCGCUUCGAGUCCAUUUUGGAAUAUUCCAAACAGAAUCCAAUUUAUGGGCGGGCUCCUGGUCCCUUGGUUUAUGCUGGAAAUAUCCAGCACACGUACGUCUCCGAGGCUCCGACUUACUCAACCCUUCUGGUGCAGAUCCGUAGCGCGCUGUACACGCCAUACAUAUCCUUUGGAGAUCUAGCUAGGUUAUUGAAGAAAGUUGAAGACGGUGGGUAUCCGACACCCGAAAGAUCUGUCGUAUCGAAUCCGCCUUCUUGGUGGGCUAGAGUGGACAGCGCAGCGCUCUCUGAUACGGUAUUCCGUGAUUUGAACAAUCCUGACGAUUGGAUUGGCCCUCAGUACGCUUCAGAUGAGUUCACCUUAUGCGGUGACUGGCCCGAGCUACCUGACCGCAUAGAUGAUAUCAAGGAUCUGCUGGCUGAAGCGGUUGGCCGCCACCGUCUAGUGCAGCCGAGGUUGACAUCAAAUUGUCAUGCAUUGGAGCGCCUCAACCCCGCAGACGCUUUGAGGGUAAGACCUUCGUGUUACAUCUGUAUUUUCUCAUUGCCUAACAUAUGA